CCGUUUCAUCCCAUGGUGAAUUUGGAAUGCUCCAGAGAUUUUCGACCAUUUCUGUGUGCCCUCUACGCUCCUGUGUGCAUGGAGUACGGCCGGGUCACUCUCCCUUGUCGCAGGCUCUGUCAAAGAGCGUACAGCGAGUGCUCCAAACUCAUGGAGAUGUUUGGGGUCUCUUGGCCUGAGGAUAUGGAGUGCACUAGAUUCCCAGAUUGUGAUGAGCCAUAUCCUCGUCUUGUUGACCUCAAUCUAGCUGGGGAGCCCACAGAAGAGGCCCCGAUGGCAGUACAGAGGGAUUAUGGUUUUUGGUGUCCUCGGGAGCUGAAAAUAGACCCUGAUCUGGGUUACUCUUUCCUGAGGGUACGGGACUGUUCCCCUCCUUGCCCAAAUAUGUAUUUUCGGCGUGAAGAGCUCUCCUUUGCUCGCUACUUCAUCGGAGUGAUCUCCAUCGUCUGCCUUUCCGCUACCUUGUUUACUUUUUUAACUUUUCUGAUCGAUGUCACAAGAUUUCGCUAUCCAGAAAGACCGAUAAUAUUUUACGCUGUCUGUUACAUGAUGGUGUCAUUAAUUUUCUUCAUUGGCUUUCUGCUUGAAGACCGAGUAGCGUGUAAUGCAUCUAGCCCUGCCCAGUACAAGGCUUCCACAGUGACCCAGGGCUCUCACAACAAAGCCUGCACCAUGCUUUUCAUGGUGCUCUAUUUCUUUACCAUGGCUGGCAGUGUUUGGUGGGUCAUUCUUACCAUCACGUGGUUCUUGGCGGCUGUGCCAAAAUGGGGCAGUGAAGCCAUCGAGAAGAAGGCAUUGCUCUUCCACGCCAGUGCCUGGGGCAUUCCAGGAACUCUAACCAUCAUCCUCUUAGCAAUGAAUAAAAUUGAAGGUGACAAUAUUAGCGGCGUAUGUUUUGUUGGCCUCUAUGAUGUGGAUGCAUUAAGAUACUUUGUGCUUGCACCUCUCUGCCUGUAUGUUGUUGUCGGCGUUUCCCUUCUGCUAGCUGGCAUUAUCUCUCUCAAUCGGGUUCGCAUUGAAAUCCCGUUAGAAAAAGAGAACCAGGACAAACUAGUGAAGUUCAUGAUCCGGAUUGGCGUGUUCAGUGUUCUGUACCUCGUGCCCCUGUUGGUUGUAAUUGGCUGCUAUUUCUAUGAGCAGGCUUAUCGAGGUGUGUGGGAGACGACGUGGAUUCAAGAACGCUGCAGAGAAUAUCACAUCCCGUGUCCCUACCAGGUCACUCAGAUGAGUCGUCCAGAUCUGAUUCUCUUUCUCAUGAAAUAUCUCAUGGCUUUGGUUGUUGGGAUACCUUCCGUCUUCUGGGUUGGAAGCAAAAAGACCUGUUUUGAGUGGGCUAGCUUCUUCCAUGGCCGCAGGAAAAAAGAAGUUGUAAAUGAGAGUCGUCAGGUGCUGCAAGAGCCAGACUUUGCUCAGUCUCUUCUGCGAGACCCCAAUACCCCCAUCAUCCGAAAAUCCAGAGGCACUUCUACCCAGGGCACCUCCACUCACGCCUCCUCUACCCAGCUGGCGAUGCUGGACGACCAAAGGAGCAAGGCCGGCAGCGUCCACAGCAAAGUCAGCAGCUACCACGGCAGCCUGCACCGAUCGCGGGACGGCCGGUACACUCCCUGCAGCUACAGAGGCGUGGAAGAAAGACUACCUCACGGCAGCAUGUCCCGACUGACCGAUCAUUCCAGGCACAGCAGCUCUCAUCGGCUUAAUGAACAGUCGCGUCACAGCAGCAUUCGGGAUCUCAGCAGCAACCCCAUGACGCACAUCACGCACGGGACCAGCAUGAACCGCGUCAUCGAAGAGGACGGCACCAGCGCUUGA